AUGCUCUCUGGAUGGAGUCGUGAGCAGGUCUGGGCGCUCGCUUGGGGUCUCGUGGUCAAUGGGUCUCUGGUGUUUGCUGGACCCUGUGAUAUCUACUCUGCCGGUGGCACCCCUUGUGUUGCAGCCCACGGCACGACUCGUGCCUUGUACAGUUCCUACUCAGGGGCUCUGUAUCAAGUGAAGCGAGCUUCAGAUGGUGCGACGACUGAUAUCGCUCCAUUGUCUGCAGGAGGAGUCGCCAAUGCUGCUGCCCAAGACAAGUUCUGUGCCAGCACAACCUGUGUCAUCAGUGUGAUCUACGAUCAGUCCGGCCAUGGAAACCAUCUCACUCAAGCGCCUCCGGGCGCCUUCAAGGGCCCGGAUGUCAAUGGGUUUGACAACCUCGCCAGUGCAAUUGGCGCGCCUGUGACACUGAACGGACAGAAGGCUUACGGUGUCUUCAUCUCACCAGGCACUGGCUAUAGAAACAACAACGCCAAAAACACUGCCGUGCGUGACGAACCAGAGGGCAUGUACGCUGUCCUUGAUGGCACUCAUUACAACGGCGGUUGCUGCUUCGACUAUGGCAAUGCGGAGACCAGCAGUACCGAUACUGGCAACGGCCACAUGGAAGCCAUCUACUUCGGUGACAACACCGGGUGGGGGUCUGGUGCCGGAAGCGGGCCCUGGGUCAUGGCCGAUCUCGAGAAUGGCUUGUUCUCAGGUCGGAAUGUGAAGCAGAACACAGGGGAUCCAUCCAUCAAUUAUCGAUUCCUCAGUUCCAUCGUCAAGGGCGAGCCAAAUCAAUGGGCGAUCCGUGGUGGUAAUGCGGCGUCCGGCUCGCUGUCAACCUUCUACAGUGGUCCUCGCCCCAAUGCGUCCGGGUACAACCCGAUGAGCAAAGAAGGAGCUAUCAUCCUGGGUAUUGGCGGUGACAACAGUGUCAGUGGCCAAGGAACCUUCUAUGAGGGUGUCAUGACCUCUGGGUAUCCGUCUGAUGCCACAGAGAACGCAGUCCAGGCGAACAUUGUUGCUGCCAGAUAUGCCGUGGCGCCGCUUUCCACCGGGCCAGCUCUCAGCGUGGGCUCGUCGAUUUCACUGCGCGCCACCACGCCGUCUUAUACCGACAGAUACAUCGCUCAUACUGGCUCCACGGUCAACACGCAAGUCGUCUCCUCUUCCAGCUCCACGUCUCUGAAGCAGCAAGCAACCUGGAAGGUCCGCACGGGUCUCGCCAACAGCGAAUGUUAUUCCUUCGAGUCGGUCGACAGCCCCGGCAGCUUCAUCCGUCAUUACAACUUUGCUCUCCUUCUUAACGCGAAUGACGGCACCAAGAUAUUUGGCGAAGACGCCACAUUCUGCACGCAGCCAGGUUUGAACGGACAAGGCGAUACUCUUCGUUCGUGGAGUUACCCUACUCGUUCGUUCCGUCAUUUCAAUAAUGUUCUUUAUGUUGCGAGCAACGGCGGUGUGCAGGACUUUGAUGCCACUGCUUCAUUCAAUAACGACGUCAGCUGGGUGGUGGGUGCUGGAUUCGCAUGA